CAACCAUGUUUUCCUUUCGCUCCAACUUCUUUUCAAAUCUCCUAUCUGGUGGCUAUGGGUCUGCCCUCAAACUCGACUUGCCGCCCGUCGAGUCCAUCGACAUUGAAGAAACACCCGAGAAACGAGCCAGAACACUCAAGCACCUGAUCAAGGCCAAUCACAUCAACCACUCCAUUAUCUACCACCACCUCGAGUUUCACAACCACUCGCCCCACAUUCUGGGUUCUGCCUACUUCCUUGGUGCCAACGUCGACCAGCUACUAGACAUCUAUGAGAAAGAGUCUAAAGACCUCGAGCCAUGGGAAGACUCGCCCUCGGAGAUUUCAAGACAUGACUGGCGCGACUAUCUGGGAAAGAGAGAGUAUGGGGCCCACAAUAUAAAGCAGUCGACCGUGGUAGCUGAUGCGAGACUGCAGGNNUACCAGCGUGCAUGGAUAGACUUCCUCGAGGACCAGCUCGUUCAGUUCGGCUAUGAUUGGCGAGAGUUACUGGACGACUUUCUCUAUUCUGGCAAGCAGCCUUUGAUCAACAACUUGAUUGCCGGCCUCGCCAUUGAAUCGCUCGCUCUGGUCGCUUCGUUCUACAACCACCAACAUGUCUAUCUAGACGACCCGUCAUACACUAAACCCUCGCCUUGGUCCUCGCAAGACCCGUUCGAAGUCAUCCAGAAGAUGCACCAAGACUCUCGCUUGGAUCCCUUCUUCCAGGAGCCUGGAGAGGACAACUAUAGCCCCUUAACCGAGGAUAAAGAGAAGGAAGCCAUUCUGCUCGAAUACUGGAACAGCUGGACCAUAGCGGAUCCCAAAUACCAGUUCGAAGCCGCUCAACGUGCUGCGGUUGCUCUGCUGGUCGCUACACACAAACAAGGACAGAAAUUCGACUUUUUCCUCGUCCACAUCCUCACCAGCUCUCACGCCGUACGCGUGAUCGCUCCCUUGAUCCGUGCGACAUAUCACGUUCCUCUGCUCAGACAAUGGUGGCUGUUCCUGCUGACGGCAUACAUCGGUCAACUUCGUCCAGCCAUCGAUAAGAGCAGAAUCUCGAACGUGGAUAUUGCAGGCAGAGAUUGGAAGUGGGUAGCUGACCGAGCUGUUAAUGGCAAGUGGGCAAAAGAUGCUCACUUUGUGANNAAGGUAUACACGGUCAAAAUUUACUGCUUCUCAUCUCAUGCUAACUUUUGUUUGUCCUUAGCCUGUCGCUCGAUGCAAGAAGCUGCAAAAACAUGGGGUGACGAGGAUCAUUAUUUCCUCAAAGCAGCCGUAAAGCUGUCCGAGGAAUUUGACGGUUGGGGUGGCUUCAGUGCGCCGUCAGAAGAUGAGGCAGAGGCCACUGCUUCGAAUGUUGGCUUUGCUGCAAGACAUCAUGGU